AUGGGUAAUAGAAAAAACAUUGAAGUAAAAAUAGAUCGUGAAAGAAAGCAUGAAAAGAGAGCUGCAGAAACUCCAGAAAAGAGAGAAACGCACCUUGCAAAAGAUCAUAACUAUUAUCAAAAAUGUCAAAAAAAAGAAUCCACAACUAAAAAUAAUAAUUUUAAGCAAAUAUAUCAAUUGCAUACAUCAAAUAUUAGUGAACAGUAUGAUCAAGAUAAUAAUAUUCAAGAGGAAUGCUGUAGAUGUAGUAGCGAAAGAAUAACUCCAAAAAGAUUCUCUUCCGAAAAUGACAUGGAUCCUGAAGAAGUACCAGAAGAAUUGCAAAAUCUUACAGAAAUAGAAGAAAUGCUGAUUGCACAGGUUUUUCCUGUAAUGUCUGUAUACAGACUUUGUGGAGGACAAUAUGGUCCAUCAUCAUUAAAUAUUUUAAUUGUACAUUGUCAUUCAGAAAGAUCAGCAUUAUUUAAAGAUUUUCAAGUCUGUCAUAAUAAGGUUAUUAAUGCAUUAAGGUGGUUAAAAGAAAAUAAUAGAUAUUAUGCUGAAAUAACCAUUGAUAAAAAAGUUCUCCAAUCCUUACCUGAGAAUGGUUUCAUAGAAGAUCAGCUCCCUAGUAAUGAAAUACUUGCUGAAGUUUCAGAUAAUGAAACGGAAGAUAAUGUAAUUAUAUGCACAUUUGUUUCAUCUCUUCCUUCUAUUGAUCGUGAAGAUGUUGCUAUUAAUGAAGCCCUUAAUCGUAUGCAAAAUAAUAAUAGUCCUAUGGUUUGGCCAAACAUAGAAAAUACUCUGAUUAAUGAAUUUAGAACACCAGGUUAUAUUGUAUAUGCAUUUCCAACACUUUACCCAACCAGACGUGCUGACUUUCGAACAGAACAUAAUAGAGAUAUCAAUCCAGCUGAAUAUUUUAAACACUUACUCCAAUACAAAGAUGGGAGAUUUGCAUGGCAUACAUGCUGA